CUUUCACUGCGCUGGGGUUAAAAGCAGAAAAGAAAAAGAAAGAAAUAAAGAUCAGACCCCAGGCUCCUCGAGAUUUGCUGUUCACGAUUGACGAGGAAACAGCACUCCUGACACCGGGCUGCCAUGAAUGUGGACAUGUCCGAGAUAAUUGAGUUCGACACCCACGUCAAGGGCGAGUACACGGACGACGACGAUGACAGCCCCGUAGGAUCCGCUGGCGGUGGUGGCAACGGCAUGGUGGACGUUGGCAGCGACGACGCCACCUACGUGGUGCUGGAAGGUCUGAGCAAUGAGUACGAUGAGGAGUUCCUUAUUGUAAACGAGGACGCCACCACCGAGGGUGAGCUAAUGCUGGGCGAUUGCGAGCUGCAGCAGCAUAUGGACAAUGGCCUGCUCAUUGCGUCGCGUGUGAAGUCGCUGCCGGUGAACGAGCAGGGCGCCCACUAUCUGAUCACUGAGCUGCGCCUAUCCGAUGUGGGGGAGAUGGUUGUUGAGGAGGAGGAUCAAAAGCAGAAGCUGGUUGCCGACGAAUAUGCCUACAUAUAUCCGCCCAAACAUGAACAAUCUGACGACCUGGAUAUAAAACCGGUGAUGUCGCCUUCUCUGCCCUCAUCUCCACCAUCAGCGUCUCCGCCGCAGCUCGCACCCGGCAUUAAGCUAAAGCCCAAUUCCGCGCCACAGUUUGUCGUUCGAAGCUUUGGCAACCAGAACGAUGAAGGUGAAUUGAUCGAUGUGAAACCAAGUGAUAAAAUGCUAGAUGAGUUCAAGGGACCGCGUCGGUACAUGCUCUUCGACGAUCUGGUAGCCACCAUCGUGGACUUUGACGAAGAAAGCACACCAAUUGUUGAGUUCUCCAUGAUUAGCUGCCACACGGAUGAGAAGCUGCCAGUGGAGUGUGGCAUCUGUCCCGAUGUCAUGCACAAGUCGAAGCUGUCCAGACACCAGAAGACGCAUUUGGUGGCCGGGACGAAUCGGUACGCGUGUAUGUACUGCACGGAGACGUAUCGUGACUGCAAGUACCUGGCCGGACACGCCCGCCGUCACAUGGGUAUCCGUCCCUACGUGUGCGAGGUGUGUACGCUGUACUUCUCCACCAAGCAGGACCUGCGUGUGCAUAACCAGCGGCGGCAUCUGGAAAAGGAGCACAUCUGCGAGAUGUGCGGCAAGACGUUCGCGCAGAACACACAACUGAAGCGGCAUCGCGAGGCGACGCACGAGAAGAAGCGGCGCUUCCAGUGCCAGUAUUGCCAGAAGGCCUACUACAAGAACUUCUCCCUGCAGGAGCACAUCCGGAACGUGCAUAUGGGCAAACGGCGUAUGCUCAAGUGUCCCUUCUGUGGUAUGCAGUGCCGCGACGCCCACAAGAUGGCCCGCCAUCGAAAGGAUAUGCAUCUCAGCCAGGGGCUGUACGAAUGCCAUCUGUGCAAGGAGGAGUUCACCGACAUCAAUUAUUUCGAUGCGCACAAGCGCUCCAUUCAGUGUCGCAGCAAUACACGCCGGCUUGUCGGCAGCUCCAGCAAUGACCAGCUGGAUGGCAACGUCUCCGCCUCUGGUUCCGUUUCCGGUGGCCUGCUUGAUGGCGGAGACGAUGACGAUGGUAUGGGCAUUCUGGAGGAGGAGUAUGACGAAGACACCGGCCUGCUGGUGGAGGAGGGCGAUGCGGAUGCCGUCGUGGCCAACGGUGAGCACUAUCUGAACGUGGCCGAGGAGGAUCAGCAGCAGCCGUACGUCCAGAUAUCGGACUACAAUGGCCAGCGCCUGAUGGUCGAAGCGGACGAAGAGGAGGAGGAGGAAAGCGAAGAUGUUGUUGGGGAAGCAUAUUUUAAUACUGUCCCACAGCAGUAUCAGCAACAGCAGCAGAUCUUUCAGCAUGUCGGCGAUGAAUUUAACGACGAGCUGAUAUAUGAGAUCACCUUGAAGACUGAGGAUAAUUGAGUGCCGCUUCCGUUUCCCCUUCCCCUUCCUCUCCCCAUACCCAUAUCCCGUGCCCAAACCCGAUUGAUUAUACAUAUACAUAAACCCUAUUUUCAUUACCAAUUGUAAAUAGAUAAAUAAUUGUACAAACGAAGAAGUAAAGCCAUUUUUAAAUCUGA